AUGCCAUCAGUAAUGAAUCCAACCAUUGAUAGCAAUCGUAAACAUUCAACAGAUAUCCCUAAAUUAGAAAGGUUGAUAGCGAAAGAACUGGCUAAACAAGAAUCAUCCGGAACCAGCCAGUCUACUAUUAAAUUAGUCGGCCUUGACAUCAAGACCAUCACAAGUGAUGAUAUACAACAGAUACAAAAUGUAGAUAGGCUCUCGUUAAGAAAGAACCAGUUAGUGGCUCUCCCUAAAUGCUUUGCAAAUUUGAAGAAUUUACGCUAUUUGGAUCUUAAUUCGAACAACCUGAGAGAUAUACCGCAUAUUUUACAACAAUGUCCACAGUUAGAGAUUCUGGAUUUAUCCUGUAAUAAAAUUAAGACGUUACCAUUAGACAUAUCUUCUCAUUGGAAUCAAAACCUAAAAGUCUUAUCAUUGAAAAAUAAUAGACUGACUUCCAUAAAUGAUUUACGAAUAAUUUUAGCACUUCCGAAACUUAAUGUUCUGGAAAUUGAAGGUAAUAACAUUCCUAAAGAAGAAUUAGACAUGGUUCAAGCAUACACACCUAUAACAACAACGAUACCGAAGGACGAAUAUUGGGCUGUAGCACUUCGAAGAUACUUCGAAGAUCAUCCUGAGAGAAAUAUUCUCCCUAAUUCGUCAUCAAAUCAACAAAAUAAUCAGGAUUCUAGCAGCAAACUUUCCAGAGCAUCAAAGAGAAUGGGAUUCAUAAACACUACUAGAAACGGAUCGAUUUCGUCCCCGUUACAACAUUCUCCUAAAAAUUCAUCGAAUGAAAUAACUAAUGCAUCAUAUCAACCCGUCGAUACUAUACAACCAAGCCGAAGAACACACCAUAUAGGUUAUAAUGAGGAUAAUAACCUUAAGAGUAAUAAUAGUAAUAUUAAUAAUAGCAACAGUACAAAUACAUUGAACGUACCUACCACAUCUGCAUCGACAUCAAUGUUAAGUCAUUCUCCUAAUCCAUCCCAUGGACAAACCGGUAGUGGGACUGAAUUGUACAACCACACAAAAUACAAUGAUUAUUUCAAAAGAUUAUCUAUUUUACCUGAGGAAACAAUGGUUAAUGAAGAAACAAGAAUUUCACAGGCAGAAUUAGUGGCUGCUUGUAGGAAGUUACUCUUUGGAUUCACUGAAUGUCAACAAGCUGUAAGAAAAAUUGCAUCGUUUUGUAAAGAUGCUUCCAUCGCUGUCAAUAUUGUAUCUUUGUUGUAUUCUGUUAGAACUCAUAUAGAUAAUCUAGUAGAGAUAUUGGAACAGAUUGAAAAUGAUGAAUCCCCAAGUGAUCAAGGUUUAAUAAAAAUUUGCGUUACUAUCAUCUCGUCGUUUAAACAAAUUAUCACAGUACUACACAAAAAUUUUACAACCUUUUUUGAAGAGGAUGACUUAUGUUUUAUUCGUAUGUUCUAUAUGACACUAUUAUGUUCAUACACCGAAAUAUACAAUGCGUGGAGUUUUAUUAGUCCCGAAUUCCACACGAGAAGUUCAAAACAACAAAGAAGAAAAUAUCCAUUAAAGAAAGAAGAUUCUUCUUCGGCAUUAUCAUUUGUCGCAUCUUCCUCUUACAAGCCUAAUCCUACUAAUACAAGCAUUAACGAAGAAAAGAAUCCAUUUGAACAAAAUUUAGCAAACUUCAAUAACUCAAAACAUAGCAUAGCUCGGGUUCGUAGUAAUACUUUACAGAAUAAAAUAGUAUCAAACUUACCAUCUACCUUAGCACAUACAAAUUCUUCUAAUAGUGAUAGUUCUUUCAACAGUAGUACGAUUCAUGAAUUAUCGUCACUCAAUGCAGAUCCUCCAAAUACGCAACUUAAAAAUAUGUCGGCUAGCCUAACACAUAAUGAGGGUAUCUCUAGAGAAAGGUCCAACGACAAUUCUCCAAGUUCGCAGCAUAAUAUACACAGUCAAGAGAUGUCUCGAUCUACGUCUAUUAAUAAGGUUCAAAUGUCAGACAGUGUUGUAGAAAGAGAGAGAUCAUCAUCGUCCUCGGCAGGUAGUACCAUUUUGCGUACAGCAUCUGUAAGCUCUCAACACGUUUCUAUGAUGAAAUCUUCAAGUAGCUCUAUACAGGUUAAUAAAGAUGCACCAUUUCGAAAUAAGACAGAUGUUGCUGGUGAGCCCGUCACAGAACAAAAUGACAAGAGUUCAUCUGACAUAGAUAGAUCACAAACAACUUCUGGUAAUGAAAUAGACAAAAACACGAAUGUUGGAUCCGUUUUAGUGCAAAGGAGUGAUAGUAUUGAUAAGACAAUGGAGGUCACAGAAAGAAGAAGCCAAGAUUCCAGUACGCAUAGUAACAAUCAAACAACAGUUGAAGCAACUACUAUAGGUGAGACAGAACAGAAUAUUGAUCGUCAACUAUAUGAAAUGUUAAUCAAUGUAACACGAAUGGUGAGUGUGGUCUAUGACCAGUUAACCAACGAGAUCUCGAGAAUUGCAAUGGCUAGUACAACAGGUCAACAAAAGUUAACAGAUGAAUUAUUGUUAAGAAUUCGUGGUCUAACUGAUACUUGUUGUCAGGCAUUAGAUUUAUCAAAGACACUGAAUGAAAGAUUACAAUUAUUGGUCAAUGAUGAUCCAAAGAUUGUUGAACCUUAUUUAAGUGAUAAUGAGAAAUUAAUUACUUGGGAGAAUAUUAAUGCAUUUUUGAAAUCCAUCAUAUCUAUCCUGGGAAGUACAAAGGUAGUUAUGACUGAUUUACCUAAUCUGAAUGAAAUUAGACCACAUUUGGCUUCCUUGGCUAAAAUCACAAAGGAUGUUACAGUUAUCUUAGAUUUGAGUUCAUAUAAGGCCGUCUCAGUUACAGCCUCUCAAUUACAAAAACAACAGCAAGUGCAAAUCCAGCAGCAGCAGCAAUUACACCAGCAGCAGCAGCAACAGUUGCAACAGCAACAACAACAAAUUAAUAGUCAUACCCAUGUUCCUCUGUUGACACCACAACCAGUACCUAACAAUGGACAGAACAGUUAUCCCUUUGAGUAA